AGGCAUGAAAAAUGUAUUGUAAUUAAUAAUUAUUCAGUUAUAAGUUAAAACAAAAAAAGAACUCCAUUUCAUCGGAUAAAAAGGACACGAACUAUUUCUGCAUUCGUUAUUACUUCCGGGUCGCGCACCUGGUCGUUGUUAGGUCGAUAACGGUUAAUCAGCUUGUGGAGUAGGUGGGGUAUUCCGAUGUCGUUUAGAUGACUUCUAUGGACGAGAACCACGACUUGAUUGAACGUCUGAGAAACAUCUUUAGUUUGUGUGACGACGACGACGACGGCUUUAUAUCGGCCGACCACUUCAGGGAACUUGCCGGGGAACAUUUCGGUGCCGCCGGCUCACAGGAAAUUACAGGGAUAAUUAAUCUGCUUGACCCUGAAGGAAUAGGACUAAUUAGUUUCGAUAAUUUCUGUGAUGGGAUUAAACAGAUUCUAGAAAUCCAGAGUCAAGUUCAGAUCCAUGAUUCAUCAUUUAAGAAGGAUAUCGAAGACAUUUCGUAUAUUCAGACCGUGAAUGGUGACAGCUCAAAUGGUGACAGUCAUCUGACGUACUCUGAGUAUGACCUGCCUAGCGGGGAAGACAUCAGUGACAAGGGUGCACUCACAAACGGGGACAUCUCUUCCAUAGGGCAGAUCCAACAUGGCUUCCUUCACCCUCAGAACUCAGAGGAUGAGGCAGACAGUGCUAUCAGUGGCAAGUCUUCAGAAAUAAGUCGACAGGAAGUGACUGACGAAGAGAAUUAUGAGGAUUUUGGUGAAAUAGAAUCAGAAGCUGAUAUCUCCGACCAAGGUCACCUCACCCCUGUAACGUUAAGAAAGCGAGAUCAGCUGGGGAGACCUCAGAAACGAACGUGUCAGCUACAGCGUGGAGCCAGAGAUUCUCCAAACAGCACACGCAGAAGCAGUUUUGGUUCUGACGGACUUUACGACCAUAUUGAUGAAAACUUUGAUGACCUCAAUGGAAGGGUGAAGUAUCUGGAGAGUCAGCUGACGAAACUGUGUGAACACCAGAUGAAGACCGACACCAAACACACAAACCUGAAAAAAGAAAACGGCCACUUGACAGAAAAAGUGCAUUAUAUGGAAGAACAGUUACGCUUUAUGGAGAUGAAGUCUGAAGAACUGGUGAAAGAGGAACGCAGGAAACUCCAAGACACUGUGGCUGCUCAAAUUCGAUCUAAGACGGAACACAUAGACUAUAUUACUCAAAGAUUGCAAAAGUUAGAAGUAGAAAAUGAACAACUUAAAGAAGAAGGUCCAAGAUUAAGGGAGGAAAUUAACAGACUACGUUCUGAGAAGCAGCAGCGUGAGGAGUUGUACGACAGUCUCACCGAGGACUACAGGAAGUUAGAGGCCGAGUACCAGCUCCAGCAGUCUGUCUUCAAGAAGGAGAGAGAAUCCACUGACAAGCUGUUGGACGAGUUAGGGCCGAGCUGCAUGAACUGAGACGUCUGAAGAUCGAGUCGGACAACCACACCCACGGCAGCGUCACCAGCUAUGGAACUCACUACAGUGACCUCGAGAUGGAGAUCCUCCGCUUGAAAGAGGAAAACCGUAACCUGCAUGAGUCGAAUGAGGAACUGAAUGCACAGUUGUUGAUGAGGUGUAUGGAAGAAGGGAGAUCACUCCUUCGAGAAACCCACGAGCUUUCAUUAGCCGAAGAGCUGGAACAUUUAACGAAAGAAGAGUUGCUUGAGAGACUGAAGAAGGAACAAGACUGUAACUUAAGACUUAAACAAUAUGUGGAUAAAAUACUUUUAACAAUCAUUGACAAAAACCCAUCGUUGUUGGAGAUAACCAACAAAUGAAUUAUCCUGAACAAGUUGGUUUUUCCAUGUGACUGAUCUUGAUGAAAACACUGGAGGGCAGCAUCUUGUAUAGUGGACAUCCUGUAUAGUGGACAUCUUGUACAGUGGACAUCUUGUAUAGUGGACAUUGUGAUCAAAGUGAUCAGACUUUCACAGACAUAUUGCAAGAUGUUUGCACUGCAUGCUGCGUGGUUGAUAUACAAAAUAACGCUGCCAUAAACAAACCUGGUGAAGUGGUUGAAGAAAGUGAUAAAGUUGAUGAGGAAGUAAUACGGUUGAUAGGGCAAUCACUGAUGGAUUGUGUAUGAGGACAUAACACAGUUCAAGAGGAAGUUAUCAUUGUUGGUUUCGGGAACCGACAUUGUCAAUGAAUGUCCAAUAUUUUAUACAACAGAGAGCGUAUUCUGUGAUGCUGAGAGACUCAGCAACCUAAGAAAGACACACUAUAUAUUUUGUGUGGAUGAUAUUAACAAAUUGCUGCACUUUUCACUGGGAUAUGAUGACACGUUACAGGCAUUAACUUGUUACUGGUUGUGUCUACUCCGGAGACUUUGUGUAUGUUGUGUUUCUCAAAGAUUUAGCUAAUUUAUUUUUGUCAUUUUAACAUAAUCAACAACAGAUGGAAGCCAACGGUGUAUAUAUAUAUAGUUAAAGCAGAAUCUGAUGGAUCAUGCUUCAGAUAGUCCAGAUCUGAUUGCUUCGAAGGAUCAUCUCCACACCAAACAGGAUAGCUUGUUUUUAUUAGCAGGGAAUCACAUUCAGUGCUGCCACAUAGUAGACUGCAAUGGUGGGUCAGCUUUAUGUUUUUAGUCCAAAGCUGAUUGCCUCAAAGGAUCACCUCCAUACCAAAUAGGCUAGCUUGUGUUUAUCAGCAGGGCAAUACCCUCAAUGCUGCAUACAGUGUCCUGGUGUAUGUGCUCGUGUCAAAUAAAAAUUCAAACAUGUCUGUCCGGGGUACAAAGUCUGACAUAGCAAAAGUGUCUGAGCCAGACUGGGAGCAUUUUAUUUGAAUUUGAUUGUCAUACUUGUAUCAAAGUAAGAUUGAAGCACGCUGUCCUGGGCACACAUCUUAGCUAUCUGGGUUGCCUGUCAAGGACAGUGGAGUAAAUAGUCAGUUGAUAGUGAGAGACAAGUGCUCUGUCCAGGAUAGUGGGUUAAUGGUUAGCUGAUAGUGAGAGACAAAUCAUUCUGUCCAGGAUAGUGGAUUAAUGGUUAGCUGAUAGUGAGAGACAAGUCGUUCUGUCCAGGAUAGUGGGUUAAUGGUUAGCUGAUAGUGAGAGGCAAGUCGUUCUGUCCAGGAUAGUGGGUUAAUGGUUAGCUGAUAGUGAGAGACAAGUCGUUCUGUCCAGGAUAGUGGGUUAAUGGUUAGCUGAUAGUGAGGGACAAAUCAUUCUGUCCUGAAACCUGUUCCAAAAAGUGAUCAUAACACUACAACAGUCAAAAGCAGCUACUUGAUAGUGAUAUUGCGUUGCAAUCGCUUAGUGGAACGGAACACAGAAUAGUAGGUUAAUGGUUACAGGUUAGUGAAGGUGAAGUUGGUGUAAUGGCCUUUUGAGUUGUUAAAGCUCACAAUGGAUGGAGCCAAUACUGGGAUUUGAACCAAAUGCCAACCAACCUUUAGGCCAAGGAGUUAACCACUGAACCACCUAGGCUGGUUUGAACAUGGUCCAUAGCAGCAUGAUUGUCUAAGAAAGACAUCGCUCCUCAUUUUGAUGAUAUUUAUCUGGUUGUGAGGGAUCCACCAUACAGACUGAUUUGUCCAGCACUAAGCAGCUGUUUAAAGCUGUUGUUGACAGUAGAUGGUUUGAGAAUGUACCCAUAUAUGCUGCAUAAAGCUUCCCUGAGAAAAAUCACUGGCUUUUUACACAUAACUAGUCUUGUCAUCAAAAUAGAGCUGUUAUUAGUAUUUAUUAAUAUUGUGUUUAAUUCUAGAGAUGUUUGUACUGAUAAUGAUUUGUUGUAAGAAGCCAUUCAGAAGUUAUGUAACACCUACAGACAUAUGGAAUAACACUUUACUUGGGUGAUGGAAUCAAUCUGCAUUGAAAUUUGUAAGGGCAAUUCUGUCUUUGCCUUGAAAAUAUACAAUUUCCAUUUCCAACCCUGUAGAAAAGCUGUAAGAGUAUUUUUGUACAUGUAUUAUUGCCUUUAGGAUCAAGUAGAAUUACGGUUGCCAAGUUUUUAACAUACAUAAUAUUAUUAAUAUGGUGCAUAGACAUCAGAAGAUGCCUUCAUCGGGAAAGGUCAGUACUUUAUUAAUUUGCUUGCUUGUGGUGUGGAGGGUUUGGGAGUUGAGAAGUGUAUUAUUAUCAGUUGUACAGUCUGGUAUUACGCGUGGCUGGGUGUACAAAAAACAAUUAGAAUAAAGGCUGUUAUAUGAUUUUUGAAUGGAGACUAUCUAAGUUGAUGACCGAUCUGUGAUUUGUACCAGGUUGAUCUCAGUGUGUAGGUGAAACAUGGUGUUACUAAGCCAACUGUGAUACAUCCCUGUAUUGCACUGUUAUGAUAUACAAGGCUAUAUUAGUGCAUUGAUAUAAUGAUAUACAAGGCUAUAUUAGUGCAUUGGUAUGAUGAUAUACAAGGCUAUAUUAGUGCAUUGGUAUGAUGAUAUACAAGGCUAUAUUAGUGCAUUGGUAUGAUGAUAUACAAGGCUAUAUUAGUGCAUUGGUAUGAUGAUAUACAUGGCUAUAUCAAUACAUUAGUAUGAUGAUAUACAAGGCUAUAUCAGUACAUUGAUAACAUGAUAUACAAGGCUAUGGUAAUAUGUGUGAUUUUUAUGAAAUAAAAGAGGAUAUUAUCAUGUAAGUUAAUUCUACACUGACCAGUAGAUUUGUGAAUACUCUGAUGUACCAGUAUGUCAGUGUACUGGUGUGUAUAUUUCUUGUUCCAAUUCUCUUUUUAAAAACAAACUGAUCUUUAAUUACCCUGCUAAGUUAAGUAGAGCCAUCUACAUUGAUGGGAGUUAUGUUAAAUAAAUGAUAGAUUAUAAAUAACAGUACAUGUAUUUCGUAGAUAAUGUCAUUUAAAGAUUAUUUUAUUUUUAAUGUCAAGUUUAUAUCCAGUGACAACUACUGUACAUAAGAGAAAGAUGUUUUAUCCAUCCAUUACUCUCACCGUAAAUAAAAUGUGUUGAGUGUGUAAAGUGAGUCCCAUUAUAAUGUGGUGCAUUGUAGUUGCAUUUAGUUGCUAAAGCACACAGUUUAAUCUGUCACUAUAAAGGUAAAUUUACAAAUGCAAAUUAAUGUUAAAUUUGACAAGUGGUCUGUUUAAUGAGCCUUUAUUCUGUAAUACUAUGUUUAGCUAGUUGAAUUUGACUGAACAUUUUGAAAAUGAAAAUUUCCGUAUUAUUGCUAAAAUGUUCCAGCUCAAACCUUGUAAUACAUUUAAUACAUUUAAUGUGUGGAUUUAUGUAAGUAAAGUGUUACAAUGGCACCAAAAUAUGUAUAGUCCCUUCAAUUUUGUUGAUGCAGGAAUUAAAUUUAAAAAACUACAAAAAAACAUUUCAGUGUUGGUUGCAAUUGAAGCAAGCAUGGAUGGGAUAAUAUGGAGAUGAACAUUUUAGAUGCAAUUAAAUAAGAAAUUAAAACAUUUUAGACCAGUUGAUACCUGGCUAUUUAGUAUUUUAUUGUGGGUGUGUCUUUCUUUCAUAAAAUGAUGUUUGUGAAUAGUGCUUGUGUUGAUAUGUAGUGUGAAUCUGUUAGAAAUAUACCAAAUCAUUUAUGUGUUUGCUUGUAAUUUAUGAGUUUGAUCAUAUUAUACUUAUGUUAGUACAGAACUCACAAAUAUCAGUCAAGUGACAGGGUUGUUAAAUAAUAAACAAUAUAUAUUAA